UCCCUUCUUCCCUCCCCCUCCCUCCCCUCCCAUUCUCUCUCCGUCCCUCUCCCUGUCCUCUCUCUUUCCAAAUCCUAGGGAACAGGUUCAACCAGAGCACAACCAGCUAGCUCACCGGCGUCUGGCCCCGGGACUGGCAGGCGCAGGAGGCGCGGAGGGAGGCGGCCGGGCGGGCAGGGGCGGCGGCGCUCAGCCGGCCGCGCGGCGAAGCCCGGCCCGGGCUCGCCCAUGAGGCCCCUACGGAGCCGGAGCAGGAAGCACCGCGGCAUCUCCCUGGGACUCCUCGCCCUCCGCCUGGCCGCAGCCUGCUGUCUGCAGAGUCAGGGCGUGUCACUGUACAUCCCCCAGCCUGCCAUCAAUGCCACGGUGCAAGAAGACAUCCUGCUCUCUGUGGAGUACUCCUGCCCUGGCAUCCCCACCAUCGAAUGGAAGUACACAUCCCCCUGGGGGGUGCAGAAGAAAAUCGUGGAGUGGAAGCCGGGGACUCAGGCCAACAUCUCCCAAAGCCACAGGGACAGAGUCUGCACCUUUGACAAUGGCUCCAUUCAGCUGUUCAGUGUGGGCGUGAGGGACUCCGGCUACUACGUCAUCACGGUGACCGAGCGCCUGGGGAGCAGCCAGUUUGGCACCAUCAUGCUGCACGUGUCUGAGAUCCUCUAUGAAGACCUCCACUUCGUCACUGUCUUCCUCGCUUUUCUCGGUGCUGUGGCCGCGGUGUUAAUUAGCCUCAUGUGGGUUUGUAAUAAGUGUGCAUAUAAAUUCCAGAGGAAGAGGAGACACAAGCUCAAAGAAAGUACAACGGAGGAGAUUGAGCUGCAGGAUGUUGAGUGUUAGCCAAGGCUGAGCCCAAUGACAUUCCUACCUCAAGAGGAAAACUGUUUUCCAGUGGAAGGAGCAAGCAUACCAAUCCAUGCUGAGAGCCUCCUGUUGUCCUGCCCCAGCCGCCCGUUCCUGAUGGGCCUGCCGGUGUGGACAGAGUGGACUUGAGGAGUUGAGGACUCUGGACUGGCCCAAGUCAGUUCUUAUAUGUGCAUGAAAGUCAAGAAGAGUGCUUUGCGUGGCCGCAGCCCAGAGCCGUGCUAACCUGCGGGCAAAGGCAUGGGGCAGGCACCGGCUGCUUGCUCACUGUGCACUGCUCGGCCCAGAAUAGCGGUUGGAGGCGUCCCCAUGCUGGAGGCCAGACUACUCGAGGUCAGAUGUGCAGCCAGCAGGCUGUCUGUGCUCCUGUCUGCUCUGCUCGGCCCACCAACCCUCUGCUGUGGGAGCUGCUGUGAGAAAAUACGAGGCUUUUAGACCAUCUGCUGCCCAAGACAGAAGUCGGAUGAGACCAAGGGGUGCUGCUGUGCUUUAGGGAGAUGCUCAGAGAAGGGCGAGCACCCCCAUGGCUGGAACUUUAGGGGAAAGUGCUUAAUUUGUUCUUGAGGGACCAGCAUUGGGAACAAGGAAACA